UUCUGAGAAUGAUCGAUGAAGCUGUGAUUUUCCCACGCUUGGAUAUCGGGCGCUUAAACACCCACGCAAGCCCCUUGCGUGGGGAUAUAGGCGCCCCAACUUAGCAACACAUGUUAAAGGGACGGACGCUGGGACCUGACACCACAACGUCUCCCUUUGUGUUUUCUUGCCUGUCCUGACUUCUGUGCCUGCCCUACUCUCUAGCGAAUACAUAAUAUUCUUCAUGGGUCAUCACCGUAUCGAUUCGUACACCGUACGCGCCCGCGCAGAUCAGACAGGCACAGGUACAAAGGGACGUAGCAUACGUGCUCACACACACACAUCGAUCUACCUACGUACGUACGAAAGAAAGAAGUUCAACAAGCACUGCAAAACUGCGCUUUUUUUUUUUCUCGUUUACAAUACUGAUGGUGGCUUCAAUGCCACACUCUUCGAUCUUGACACAUCAUCAGAUCUUCAUUUCAGAAUCGCAACUCCUCCUCCUCCCCCCCCUUUGCAAUCGGGGAGGGUUGCAGAUUGCUGCAAAUAACAAAUGUUCUCGUUCCAGCCCUCCAUGCACAGCAUUGCAUGAGGCGAUCAACAUAUUAGGAAAGAGAAAUCAGCGGUGAAUUAUGUAACUCGCCACUUGCACCCCCCC